AUGUGUUGGAUCAACACGUGGCCACACCGUCUUACAUUUCGACCGGAAGGAGAAAUAUUCAUUCUUCCAGUGUUUGUUCAUACUCCAAUCGUUCUCAAAGUCUCCAAUUUCUUGGUCUCAUUCUUCUUCCAUGUUCAGAGUUUGAGCACUAUUAUAAUAUGUGCUCACAGGUUGACAACUUCUAUUUUCUCUUCUGCUCUCAAGUUCUGGAACAAAUGGUUUCUAGUAUUGUAUUUUGUAGUAUUGGGUCUCUCUUCACUUGGAUCUAAUCUUAUUACUGUUCGACCAAUGUAUUUUGAUUAUGAAUUGAAGAAAUUCAUUUCAUUACCACUGUCUCAGGGGGAAUCGGAAAAGAAUCGCGUCGUUUUAUUCACCUUCAUUGUAUUCUACUUCAUCAUAAUAGUAGUUAUCAGUGUCGUCACUUUUCUGCAGGUCAGAAAAAAGCUAUCUGAUCAAAACGAUGCACACAAAAAGCUUCUUCGUCGUCUCACUCAAAUAAGCGUUGUUCAUUCUGCUGUUUAUUCUAUAACGCUCGCGUGGCAAAUCACGUCAUUCAGUGUUUCGUAUUAUCUGACUGUGGAUAUAUUGAUGACUGUUUCAGAUUUAAUAAAUUUCUCAAUGACUUAUAUUAUGGUCAUAUUCGAUCAAAAUCUGCGUCAGGCUAUCAAAACAUCAAUCUUUGUUAGAAAAACAAAUGUGAGACCUUCAGGAAUACAGAAUUCGAGUCGGUGCAACAUUACAUAA